AUGGACGUGAUUCCCAUUUCAUUUGAGAAAAACUGGAGCUCGAUCUCAUUCUCACCAACCACCACUACGGCGUACGCUCACCCGGUCACACACCCUCGACCAACCCCAAACAAUAUACUACUAUAUAUAAACAAAAACAAGAACCUGGCAGUCACUGCACUUCGUCGGUUGUCGAUAUUUACAUUAGAAACGGCUUCAACAAUGAUGUGGGCUUCUAGGGCGGCUUCUUGCCUUCGGAUCUCCGUCUUCCAUAGAGGCUUUUCCACUGUUUUAAAGGAUCUGAAAUAUGCCGAUUCUCACGAGUGGGUGAAGGUCAAUGGUAAGGCUGCCACGAUUGGUAUAACCGAUCAUGCUCAAGAUCAUUUAGGUGAUGUUGUGUAUGUUGAAUUACCUGAAGUGGGAGCUGCCGUGAAGCAGGGUGACAGUUUUGGAGCGGUCGAAAGCGUCAAGGCUACUAGCGAUGUUAAUUCUCCUGUUUCGGGAAAAGUGGUUGAAGUUAAUGAAAAGCUCAGCAACACUCCUGCUCUGGUUAACUCAAGUCCAUAUGAGGAUGGAUGGAUUAUUAAGGUUGAGAUGAAUGAUUCCGGGGAGUUGAAAAACCUGAUGGACUCGGAAGUAUACUCUAAGUUCUGCGAGGAAGAAGAUUCAAAGCACUGACCAGAUGUGUUUGGCAUGUUCGAUAUCGAGGCAUUUUUCCGGCGGAGAUGCUAUGUGAAGUCAACUAGUUGGGGAAGGUUGUUGUCAUGUUGAUGUUUCUACGUCGGAUUUCGGGUUUGGUGUCAUGUUUUCUCUUUAGCUUAGAUGAAUGAAUAAUGAUUUCAUGCAA